CUAUACUAUAUACAUGACCUGACCUCCGAAUCGAGUAGAAGAAAAGAAACAAAGGACUAGUUCUGAAGAUAGCUUCUAAACAACGGGAAGACCAAGACGAGACCCAGAUAGACCCGCUCGAGCCGCCAGCUUGCAACCAGGGAGACCAGGAUUGGGUGCCCAUAUCCCAUCAGAUCUGAAUUCUUCAUCUUGCCUCCGAGGCUGAUACCCCACAAGCGGCAAGGGCAACUGGGACGACGGUCUGGAGGUUUGGAAAAGAAAUUUUCGAUCUCGUGCUCACAUGCCUAGAGUGAGUAUAUAUAACAGCCCAAGAAAUUGGCAUGCUCAUCGGAUCGGAUUCACAGCAUUGCCUAUGUAUACAUCACCACCAAGUGGAGCAUUUUACUGUCGUCUCUCUUGAUCUUUUAUUGGCUGCCGAUGCCACUCUCUCACCAAGAUGACUUCUCGAUAUCAGCUCAAAGGAGGGACUUUUGUGGCGUAUGAAGGAGGAAGCCAGCCAGGGGACAUUAUUGACCAAGACCGGUUUGGGCCAUCGAGUCCCCUCACGCGAGUCCGGUAUCUGGGGUCACUGUCGACUCUCCAGCCAGUGUCGUCGACGGAAGGGUUCAUUAUUCAGCCAGUGUCCGCCAGCAGAGGCCAGCAGAGGCCAGCACAGUCCCGUAUCCCGCCAGUACCCUUUUUAACCCUACCGCUGCUCCGCCGGGACGAAGCGCAAGGCAGUCAGUCUCUUUCGCCCUUUAGUGCUGCAGAACAUCCUUUUCGUGCCUUUCUCGGCCUUUGCGACUCGGAGCAAGGUCCAGCUUUCAGCGUCCCACUCGCGGAAGCAGAGAUCCCUCCAGAACCUCGAUCCAAGCACCCGUGGAACUAUCCCCAUCCAAGUCCAAAUCCAAAUCCAAAUCCAAAUCCGAGCCUAGACUCGUACCCCGCCAUGGAGGGGCAGGAUUACAAUCAAUCGUCAGAAUAUAACCACGAAUAUCCUCCACCCCCGGGCGGAUACUACCAGCAGCCUCAACAACCACCACAGCAGCAACAGUACUAUGCGGCCUCGUCUUCCAGCAACAACUCCCCCGGCUCGCCCAGCACGUAUCAACCCAUAUACCCGUCCGUAGGUUACGCUGCGUCCGCCCCAGGCUACGGCACCUCCCAACCCGCAGCAGGGUACGGGUAUGCACAAUCAGAAGGAUACACGCACACCUCGGCCUCAGCAAGCGCCACCUUGAACGAGAACGAAGCCGAAUUGAAGAGAUUGCGCAACACCGCCGCCAGUGCCCGCUUCCGAGCCAAGAAGAAGAAGCGGGAGCAGAGUCUGGAGAGACAGAGCCGAGAGAAGAGAGAGGAAUUGCAGCGGUUGGAGAAUAGAAUCUCCGAGUUGGAGCAGGAAAAUAAGUUUCUGAAGAGCUUGAUCUUGACCCCGAGGGCGCGGAAAGACGACGACGCAGCAGAGGAGGGCGAAGAAGAGAGUGGGAAAGGGAAGGGGAAAGAGAAGGCUCAUGGCAGUGGAGAGAGGCGUGGUGGGAAGGGCAAGGACGGCGUGGGAACAUCCAGACAUUGA